AUGAGUCAUGACAGCAUUCGUCGAGUCAAAUGUGAUGAAGAAAAGCCAACUUGCCGUCGCUGUGUCUCCACUGGUCGCAAGUGCGAUGGCUAUGACCUCACUACCCUGGCCCAGAGCAGUAAAGUUCAACUCCAACCCAUAGUUUCUGGAGGCAGUGAUCCCGAAAGCCAGGCCAUCUACCAAUUCCGAACCAGAAUCGCAACACUCAUCGCGGCUUCCUCUUCUUUCGACGCCAGAUUCUGGACAUAUGAUGUUCUACACAAUUCAGAUACAUUCACGCCCGUCCGACACGCCCUCGCAGCACUCACGUCAGCAUACCAGAAGUCCAUCCUCCUAGGCAUAGAGUCCACAAGCUGCGACAUGUUUAUCUUUUCUCAGUACCAAAAGGCCAUGCGAUCUCUUUCAAUCUUUCUGCAAGAUCCUAAAGUGCUCUCCACAUCUGCAAAGCUGGCUGCCUUGGUUGCGAACUUCCUAUUCACGUACCUUUGCUCCUUGCAAGGUCUUCGACAAGAAGCUCUUAUUCAUUUGAGAAAUGGCUUGGCGCUCAUUCGGGAAUGGGGCGACCUGAGAGGCCAGGGCCAGCAUAUAGCGACGGACAUACUAUGGCUGUACAUGAGAUUGGACAAGCAGACUCGCAUCAUCUCAACAACAGAUAGUACGUCCCUUUGCUGGGAUGGUCGCUCUCGCCAAGGAACCUUGGAUGGUAUUUCUAAUACACCCUCUGUGUGCUCAUUAUUACGGCAACUCGAUGUGAUACACAGCCAACUACUCAAGCCUUACAAUAGCCAAGCCACAUUGGUGUCCAAUGAGCACUGCCUCAAAUUUUGGGACCAGCGGUUCGAGAGACUUCUCGUUACUUCCCAAGAAGAGGUGAAGCAUGUAACCGCUCUCAGGAUGCGACGGAUAAUGGUCCAAGUUGUCCUUAAUAUGGCAACCAACAACUCUGAUGAUGUAGAAAGUAUUGUCGAUACAGAUUGCAAAACCAUUCUCCAUCUGGCCUUGCAGCUGAUUCAUGACCUCGGUCUUCGACCUGCCCAGGCCGGUUUCUAUCUAGCGAAUGGUCUUGUCGAGGCACUCUACUUUGUCGCAGUCACUAGCAACGACUGGGACUUGCGACAGCAGGCCAUACAUGUUUUACGACAAUAUCGGUUCACCGAUGGCGUUUGGGGAAGUAGUGCUGCUGCGGACUUAGCGGAGGGGCAGUUACAGCGUGAUAUCUACAAGUAUCGCCAGCAGCUGGAGUCAUAG